AGAAAGAAAGAAAGCGAGAGAGAGAAGCGGAAGGAGAGCAGGGGGGUGUGGGGGGAGAACACGGCCACUUCCACGUCCCAUCACCUCCUCGGAGCGCAGAGUGGCGUGACGCCAGGGCGGCCAGGCGGCUCUCAGUUCUCCAUCUCCCCCGACCCGUCUCUCGUCUCUCCGGAACGGACGCAGGUCUGGACUAUGGAGGAUGUGUACCAUUACAGCCGCAGCCCUGCCUGGGAGGAACUGGAGCCGGAGAAGGGGCCUGCGGCGUCCGCGGCGGGGAUCCAUGCCCAUGUGCUGGGCGCCGGCACCGGCACCGGCCCCGGCGCCAACGACGAGUCCUCCGACAGCGAGGCGGAGCAGGAAGGCCCCCAGAAACUCAUCCGGAAAGUCUCCACCUCAGGACAGAUCAGGAGCAAGACCAGUAUAAAGGAGGGAUUGUUGCUGAAACAGACGAGCUCCUUCCAGAGGUGGAAAAAACGUUACUUCAAACUGAGAGGCCGAACUCUCUACUAUGCCAAAGAUGCCAAGUCCCUUAUCUUCGACGAGGUGGACCUAUCGGAUGCCAGCGUUGCAGAGUCCAGCACGAAGAAUGUCAACAACAGUUUCACGGUGAUCACUCCGUUCCGUAGGCUCAUCCUCUGUGCCGAGAACAGGAAAGAGAUGGAGGACUGGAUCAGUUCGCUCAAGUCCGUCCAGUCCAGAGAGCACUACGAGACUGCACAGUUUAAUGUGGAACAUUUCUCAGGGAUGCACAACUGGUACGCCUGCUCCCAUGCACGGCCCACCUUUUGCAACGUCUGUAAAGAUAGCUUGUCGGGGGUCACAUCUCAUGGCCUCUCCUGCGAAGUGUGCAAAUUCAAAGCUCACAAACGCUGUGCUGUCAGAGCCACCAACAACUGUAAAUGGACGACUCUGGCCUCCAUAGGGAAGGAUAUUAUUGAAGAUGAGGAUGGGAUCGCCAUGCCUCACCAGUGGCUGGAAGGCAACCUGCCUGUCAGUGCCAAAUGUGCUGUGUGUGAUAAAACAUGUGGGAGCGUGCUGAGGCUGCAGGACUGGCGCUGCCUUUGGUGCAAAGCUAUGGUGCACACUGCUUGCAUGGACCUGUACCCUCGUAAGUGUCCUCUAGGUCAAUGCAAAGUCUCCAUCAUUCCACCUACAGCGCUCAACAGCAUCGACUCAGAUGGCUUCUGGAAGGCCACCUGUCCCCCAACAUGUGCCAGUCCCCUCCUGGUCUUCGUCAACUCCAAAAGCGGCGACAACCAGGGGGUGAAAUUCCUCCGACGCUUCAAGCAGCUCCUCAACCCGGCUCAAGUCUUUGACCUGGUCAACGGUGGGCCGCACCUGGGUCUGCGCCUGUUUCAGAAGUUUGACAAUUUUCGGAUCUUAGUGUGUGGCGGUGACGGCAGCGUGGGAUGGGUCCUCUCAGAGAUCGACAGACUCAAUCUACACAAACAGUGCCAGCUGGGGGUGUUGCCCCUGGGCACGGGUAACGAUCUGGCCCGGGUUCUGGGUUGGGGCCCGUCCUGCGAUGACGACACCCAGCUUCCCCAGAUCCUGGAGAAACUAGAGAGGGCCAGCACCAAGAUGCUGGACCGCUGGAGCAUCAUGACCUACGAGAUUAAGAUCCCACCCAAACACAGCUGCCCCACCACGCCUGAGGGAGCCGACGACUGCCAGUUUCACAUUUCAGCCUAUGAAGACUCAGUAGCUGCUCAUCUAACAAAGAUCCUCAACUCGGAGCAGCACUCUGUGGUCAUCUCCUCCGCCAAGAUCUUGUGUGAAACAGUGAAGGACUUUGUUGCCAAAGUGGGGAAAGCGUAUGAGAAGAGCUCUGAAAAUGCGGACGAGUGCGACACAAUGUCUCUCAAAUGCGCCGUCCUGAACGAGAAACUGGACUCCCUCCUCCAGACCCUCAACGCAGAGUGCCAGGCUCUGCCUCUGCUGCCCCACUCCACUCCUCCCAUUGUGGAGGAGGAGCAGGAGGAGGAGGAGGAAGAGGAGGAGGAGGCCAGUGAGGAAAGCCUGACGGAGCUGAAGGAGAAGCUGGAGGAGGAGGAAACGGAGAAGAGAGGAGGAGGAGGAGGAGGAGGAGGAUCCCCACACCAGCUGUUCAAAAGCAGGGAGCAGCUGAUGCUCAGGGCAAACAGUCUGAAGAAAGCGGUCCGGCAGAUCAUAGAGCAGGCUGUGAGAGUGGUCGAUGAACAGAACGCCCACAUGGAGGAUACCGAACUCCCGUCUCCACUGGAGUUCAGAAAAGACAGCGAGGAGGAGAACAGAGACAGCGAAAAGGAUGAGGACACCAAGGAACUGGAGAUGGUGUCAUCUGCUAAGAGUCCCUGUUCUCCGACGGAGAGGAAGGUGAGCCGCAGCACCCAGUCGUACGGCUCCUUCACCAUCACCCCCUUCACCACAAGCAAAGAGAACCUCCCCGUGCUCAACACACGCAUCAUCUGCCCCGGCUUGCGAGCAGGGCUGGCUGCCUCUAUCGCUGGCAGCUCCAUCAUUAGCAAGAUGCUGCUGGCAAACAUCGACCCCUUCGGUGCUACGCCUUUCAUCGACCCCGACCUCGACUCGCUAGAGGGCUACAUGGAGAAGUGUGUCAUGAACAACUACUUUGGCAUCGGCCUGGACGCCAAGAUCUCCCUGGAGUUUAACAACAAGCGAGAAGAGCAUCCAGAGAAAUGCAGGAGUCGCACUAAAAAUAUGAUGUGGUAUGGAGUUCUGGGUACGAAGGAGCUCCUGCAGAGAACAUACAAAAAUCUGGAGCAGAAGGUGCAGUUAGAGUGUGACGGCCAGUACAUCCCACUGCCCAGCCUCCAGGGGAUCGCAGUGUUAAACAUUCCCAGCUACGCCGGUGGAACCAACUUCUGGGGCGGCACCAAAGAGGAUGAUAUCUUUUGUGCGCCAUCGUUUGAUGAUAAGAUCCUGGAAGUUGUGGCCGUAUUUGGGAGCAUGCAGAUGGCUGUGUCCAGAGUCAUCAAGCUGCAACACCACCGCAUAGCACAGUGUCGGACGGUGAAGAUCACCAUCCUGGGGGACGAGGGGGUUCCAAUCCAAGUGGAUGGGGAGGCCUGGAUACAGCCUCCUGGAGUCAUCAAGAUCCAGCACAAGAACAGAGCACAGAUGCUCACCAGAGACCGGGCGUUUGAGAACACGCUGAAGUCAUGGGAGGACAAGCUGAAGUACGACAAGCCUCCUCUGCGGCCUCACCUCUACCCACAGCAGUCUGUGGAUCUGGCUACAGAGGAGGAAGCUGCCCUGGUGCAAAUGUGUGCCCGAGCUGCAGAGGAGCUCAUCACAAGGAUUUGUGAGGCUGCAAAGACCAACGGGCUUUUGGAGCAGGAGCUGGCUCACGCUGUUAAUGCCGCGUCUCACGCCAUCAACAAAACGCACCCAAAGUUCCCAGAGAGCCUGACGAGGAACACGGCCAUUGAGGUGGCCAGCACCGUCAAGGCGCUCUACAAUGAGACCGAGUCUCUCUUGUUGGGCCGAGUCUCUUUGCAACUGGACCCACCGGAGGAGGAGCAUCUGUCCAGUGCUCUGCAGAGCGUGGAGUUGGAACUGGGCAAACUGGGAGAAAUCCCCUGGCUCUACCACAUCCUUCAGCCCAACGAUGAGGAGGACCACUCUCUGGGUUACGGCAAGAGGAACAGUCGCAGCAGCAUGUUCCGCAUAGUUCCCAAGUUCAAGAAGGAGAAGGCGGCCAAGAAGACGAGCCCUCAGUCAGUGGAGAGAUGGGGCACAGAGGAGGUGGGCGUCUGGCUGGAACAGCUGAGUCUGGGGGAGUACAGAGACACUUUCAUCCGACACGACAUCCGCGGCUCGGAGCUCCUGCACCUGGAGAGGAGGGACCUGAAGGAUUUGGGGAUAUCGAAAGUGGGUCAUAUGAAGAGAAUUCUCCAGGGAACUAAGGACCUGGCCAAGGCCUCAAUGGUUGACCUCUAACCUGGAAGCAAAAACUGCCAGAGAUGACAAGUACUCCCUUAAGGUGACUGGACGCAUUUGGUAGCACAGAAGACAGUGAGGAGGUUUUCAAGGAGAGCUGGAUUUUUAAUCCCUCUACUGAGAAAAGGUGAAUGUGGUGCGGUGAACAAGAUCCAUUUGCGUGUUUGUGCUUGGUGCCAAAAUGACACUCAAGGAUGCCGAUGGAAGUGUGAAGGGAAGUCAUGGAUCUUCACAGCAACAAAAAAGCCAUUUCUAAGUUAAUAACCACUCAUAGCACAUGACCAGGUAUGCAACUAAUCAUAAGUGACGACUAGAUCUCUGAGUUGUAGUCACAAACUAGUAGCAAAACUAAAACUUCCAUGAUUGUGGGGUUCAGCUUCAGUCCAGUUUGGCAGUGCAAUCUGCAGAUGCAAUAAAGCAUUUAAAGCAGCCUUUGGGUUUCCUUACAGAACAUGAACAUCACCAUCUUAUUCUUGGUGUUAAUGUUGAAGUUAUGGGAUGCUGUCGCAUGCUAUGCUUGCUCAACUUUAAGUAUCUUUAACUGCAUGAUUAAGUGACAUGAUUUUUUUGGUGUGUGCGUGUGUGUGUGUGUGCGCGCAAAGUAACACUUGAACAAGUUUUACAUGACUUAAGUAUUAUGAUGCCAUUUGCUACUACUGAAAGCAUCCUUUUUGGUCAAAAUCAAAUCUUUAUUUUGUUUUGUUUUUUUUUUUGCUUUAAAGCUUUAUUUUGUUUGCAUGACAAUGAUGUGUCAAGUUCUUUUGUCAAGUGCCAUACUUUGAGUCAUUUAGUGUAAAAUGUGCUUUAUUGGUAGUCAUAAGAUUUAAAUGAGAUAUGGCUAAAUGGAGUUAGUAUCUGUAAGUUGACAUCUUUUCUGUGGAUGUGAAAUCAGUACCAAAAUGAAUGUCUAAGAAAACACAUUGACCAGAUUAUUUUGUUCAGACUCUUAUUUAAUAGACCGGUAAAGUCUUAAGUCUUACUUCCAUAUAAGACGGGGAAAAGAUUAGUUUUAGCCAAGGAGAAAGUAUAAUUGUUGGUCAGGCGCCUACCACACAUAUUGUAGGGUUCUUAAAAUUUUUAAGGAAUACUUUAAGGCACUUUUCACUUCUUGCUUUAUGCAAGUGGAAAUCCUCAUAUCAUUACAUAGAAUUUAAAAAAAGAAAUUCACCUCAACUUUGUACCUUUUUGGCAGUUUGACACAGUAUUUAACACUAAUAGCUGUAAGAUAUCAGUUUUGAAUAAGUAAUGGGGCAGUUGAUCUGCAGCCUGCAUCGCGUCGUUCAAGUGCAGCUUUUCUUCAAUUUACAAAUGAGAUGUUGAUAGGACACUACUUUUACCUGUUAGUUUCUAAGACUGGUGGCAUUACAGGGUAUAUUUCUAUGUGUG